GAUCCCAUACAGAAGAAAGUGCCUUCUCUGACAUUCCUACUUGAAGCUGCUCACCGCUCUCAUCCUACAUUGUAAACAACACUGGCUUGGCCUCCAAAAAGAUCUCAAUUCCUCAGACUUGCCAAAGCACAAGGAACUGACACGCUCUUUCCAUUCACGGACAUUAUUAGAUAUCAUUCCAAGGAGAGCCAUUGCCUUCAGAUAUUGCUGUCCACAACCAUCGGCUCAAGACCAUUUGGAGACCUGGAGCAUGUUCUUAUUGUCGCGCCAGUGUUGUGCACCUGGGAAUAAAUGACUGAUGAACGACUUGGCAGAGAUUGACAGCUUCACUGAUAGCGGCCAUCUCCCGUGCGACAGCCACCGGGGGUCUGAAUGUGACAUCUCUAUUUAAAGGGCCUUGCCAACAAACCACAAAACUAGACACAAAACAACACAGAAAUACGUUCGCGGACUUUUGAACCCAAAUCAACAGUCCCACUACUGACACCAUAGAGGUUCUCAAACAGCUAUGGCUUUAAACAUUGCGUCGAUGCGAGACACAAAAUGGCUGACGCUCGAGGUGUGCCGGCAGUUUCAGAGAGGGACGUGCUCGCGCAGCGACGAGGAAUGCAAAUUCGCCCACCCGCCCAAGAGCUGCCAGGUGGAGAACGGACGGGUGAUCGCCUGCUUCGACUCGCUGAAGGGUCGGUGUACGAGAGAGAACUGUAAGUACCUUCACCCACCAGCGCAUCUGAAGACGCAGCUGGAAAUCAACGGACGCAACAACCUCAUCCAACAGAAGACUGCAGCAGCGAUGCUGGCGCAGCAGAUGCAGUUCAUGAUCCCUGGCACCACCAUGCAACCAAUGUUCCAUAUAUUGUCUUCUUCACAGCCUACAUUUCCUGUCAGCCAAGGUCUGGGCUCAAACCCUGGACUAAGUUACGCACCGUAUCUGACUCCCAUGAGCCAUGGCAUGGGUUUGGUCCACACAGAGAUGCUUCCCAGCACCCCUGUAAUCGUCCCCGGCAGCCCACCGGUCAGUGUGCAGAGCUCGUCCUCCACACAGAAACUACUGCGCACGGACAAGCUUGAGGUGUGUCGUGAGUUUCAGAGGGGCAACUGUGCACGCGGCGAGACCGACUGCCGCUUCGCCCAUCCUAGCGACAGCCCCAUGAUUGACACGAGCGACAACACGGUCACCGUGUGCAUGGACUACAUCAAGAGCCGCUGCUCGCGCGAGAAGUGCAAGUAUUUCCACCCUCCGGCUCACCUGCAGGCCAAGAUCAAAGCAGCCCAGCAUCAGGCCAACCAGACUGCCGUCGCAGCGCAGGCCGCCGCUGCAGCCAUGGUGAGCUAAUCAUGCACAAUUGAUUUUGAAAAUACAUGCAUACAAUUCUACGUUUAAAGAGUCAUGUUGUGCAAAACAUUAAAGAGUGUUAAAAUUCUUAAAUUACACAACCGUGCCUCACCAGCUGCAUUUAAUUUACAGCAGAAUUUAAUUUACCGCAUUGUCACGACACAUUGAAUCGUAACUAAGGCAGUGCUUAGAAUUGCGAAAUCGUUUUCAGUUAUGUGCAAGAUAAAAUCAAUUGACAACACAUGUUGAGACGUGCCCGCGGAGGUUGCAAUUGAGAUAUCUGAUGAUGUUAAGCACAUUAAAUGUGGAGCACUGUUUUAUUAUUAUAUAGCCAUGACCCAUCUCUAGAAUCUGGGCGGGGUUGUGUGCCAAAUCUGUUUCGACUCCCUUAUCUCAUCCCCGGGGGAUUUUAGUCCUAUUAAACAGAGUGAGGAAAGAGAUGGAGACAAAGAGACGAGCUGCUUGAGAAUACAGCUGUGUGAUAAAAAUCACUCCCCCUUCUUAUCCAUCUAGUUUUGUACUGAUGCAAUCAUUAUUAGGAAUAGGAUAUUAAUAUAAUAAGCACGAUAGCUUUUUUGCUCACACCCUCGACUGUACAAGUUCACGGGGCAGCUUACUUCCCCAUUUCU